ACGCGCGGCGGGGCAGGGGGAGGAAGCGCGGUGCCGGGCCGGGCCCUGGAGAUGGUCCCCGGCGCCGCGGGCUGGUGUUGUCUCGUGCUCUGGCUCCCCGCGUGCGUCGCGGCCCACGGCUUACGCAUCCAUGAUUAUUUGUACUUCCAAGUGCUGAGUCCUGGGGACAUUCGCUACAUCUUCACAGCCACACCUGCCAAGGACUUUGGUGGUAUCUUUCACACGAGGUAUGAGCAGAUUCACCUCGUCCCCGCGGAACCUUCAGAGGCCUGCGGGGAACUCACCAACGGUUUCUUCAUCCAGGACCAGAUCGCUCUGGUGGAGAGGGGGGGCUGCUCCUUCCUCUCCAAGACCCGGGUGGUGCAGGAGCACGGCGGGAGGGCAGUGAUCAUCUCUGACAACGCGGUUGACAAUGACAGCUUCUAUGUGGAGAUGAUCCAGGACAGUACCCAGCGCACGGCUGACAUCCCCGCCCUUUUCCUGCUCGGCCGAGAUGGCUACAUGAUCCGCCGCUCCCUGGAACAGCACGGGCUGCCAUGGGCCAUCAUUUCCAUCCCAGUCAAUGUCACCAGCAUCCCCACCUUUGAGCUGCUGCAACCACCCUGGACCUUCUGGUAGAAGAGUUGGUCCCACAUUCCAGCCAUAUGCAACUCUGGGCUAGGAAGGGGAAAUCCAGGAAUUCUGCUGUUUGGGAUUUGGGGAUAGCAUUUGGGGACAGGUGGAGCCAGGUAGAGGAAAAAGGCUUGGGCCUUGGCUAGGCUAAAGGAAGCUAAGGCCUUCCUGUCCCCAGGGCCCCCAAAUGUGUCUCAUUAUAUGGGAAGAGGCAAGAGCCAGGGCCAGGGCUUCCUGGCUAGAAUCUGGAACAAAAGGGGCUAAACACAGGUGGCCUGAGAGCCACCUGUGGCCUGUCACAUUCCACCUGGCUCCAACCCAACCCAGAGUUUCCUCGCAAUGUCCUUCACAGCAGUUGCUGGAGUGGUUUAAGGAGCUGGUGUUUGAGGACUUAAUAAAACCUCACUGACUUUUUAGCAAUAAAGCCUCUCAUCAGGGUUGCAACUGUGUCCUAGAAUAAGAGCACACAGGGGCGGGAGGGGCCUCCAAACUCACUCAUCUGGUUCCAUGCCCUUGUGUUGAAGGGAGGUAAUUGAGGCCCAGAGAGGAUAAAUGACUUGCUCAAGGUCCCCUAGGACCAGCGCUCGGGCUGCUCAUCUUAGAUCCCAACACAGCCUCCUGCUCAAGAACUCAGGAAACCAUAGUUCAGUCCCCAGGGGGAGAAGAUUCAGAGGCUGGUGCUGGGGAUCCAUACUGGGCCUCAGAGGACCCUUGCUCUUGGACUUUGGAAACAUUUGCACAGCAGAGUAUGGACGAGACCAGAGAGGAGCCCGAACUGGGAAGCUGGAGUUCCCAUCUCCUGCCUUCACCUGGUCUAACCUAUGUGCCUUUGCACCACCUGCAUGACGGCUGUGUGCUCCAGGGAGCUUGUCAAGCCAUUCUCCACAAAGCCUUCCUGCAGAGGCCUGUCACUACUCACAUUUUAUUGAGAAUAGUGCACAGGCAGG